ACAUUUUGUGUUCUCCUUUAAGCUGAAAUUAGGAAAACCAGCCAAGCUUUAUUGUUUUACACAUUGUAUGGAAGGAUGGUCAGCUACAGAAGACAGUAUAGACGAGCAGAACAGUUUUUCCCCACCUGUUGGCUUAGAAGAUUUGCCACCUCUAGUUCCUAGUGAGCAGAAGCGAUAUUAUGGUACCUUGAUUGAAGAACGAGUAUAAUGAUGGUAUAAUAAUGCCGGUUGGAAAUAAUGCAAAAUAAAUGGUCACCAUACAUCAUAAUUUUAACAGCAAGGCAAUGGUUGCAUAUUUAAGAUGACUGGACUAGGAUCUAAUUAGAGCAGUGGAUGAGAAAAUUAAAUAGAAGAGACGAUUCACAAUGUCAAUAAUUUGAGAUGAUUUUCUUCGUUUCGAAGGCAAUGUUCAUGAGCUUGUAACUGCAGACAUUCGAGAGAUACUAAUCAAAAUACUCCUAGUUUUUGAUAGCAUGAAUUGAGAGUAUUCAGUUCAAAAGAUUGUAAUGGCUGCAAAAAUGCCUGAACUAAACUACUCGUGUGAGAUCUGCGGAGCCGAUGGGUUGAGUGAUGAGGAGAUGAGAGUUCACAUAGUGAUGUGUCAUCUAAAAGGUGCAGCAUCCUGUCCCUUUUGUGACCUAGAAGACGUUACCGCAGAAGAAAUGCUCACUCAUGUGAACACAGCUCAUCUUGAUUAUUUAACACCUGAACAGGAACUUUUGACAUUCAUUGAUGACGAUGAGGAUUCGGAGAGACAUGAGGAGAUGUUGAAUUGGAGUAUGACUGUGAAACCUCAUAAUGGUCUACCUAAUAACAUCAAUAACAAUAACAAUUCUUAUUGUAAUUUGAAGUCACUAGAUGAUGAAGGGGCGUCUGGUUGGUCGCCCAGAAGGUCCCAGCUAGCAUUAAAUCUCUCGAGCAGUUCGACUGCGUCAUUGAUGACUCCGGGACUACAGAAGUGCCCGAUGUGUACAUAUAGUAAUGAAAAUACAUCUCAGUUAGAAGAGCAUAUCAAUAGACAACAUUUUGAUCUUACUAGUCCGUCUUUUCCUGUGGAAACACCUUCUGGAUUUUAUAGUUGUCCGCUUUGUGCACAGAAUUUCUUCAAUGCAUCCGAUCUUGAGCUUCAUGUUAAUAUAGAGCAUAAAGAUAUUUUAAGCCCUGGGAAGGUGAACUCUGACAUUUCUGUUGAAAAGGCAACUGAAAUGUGCCCCAUUUGUUGUAUGACGAAUUUCAAAUCUACAGAAGAUUUAGGGGCACAUAUUGAAGACCACUUUAACCAAAAAGUGAUGUCGCCAAUGAGUCCAGAUGUUUCUUGUGACCGCCUGCUGGCUCGGGAGAUGGAGAAGAGAGACAAAGAGAUGCGCAGACUCCGGGAACAGCAUGAGUUCGAACUACUUAGAGCUCAGUAUGGUAUGGAUAAUGAAGGUAAUUUCCGAGAACAAAGCUUAACCAACAUGCAGAGAGCGGUUUACUCUGGUGAACUCUCAGUUGCCGACUACUACGAGCGUCAGAUUGAACUCCGAAUGGCUGAAAGCAGCGGAGUCGACGAUGGCAGCUCGUGUACUAAAGAUAUUGUACCUCAAGUGUACUCAGUGAGUAGCAGCAGUGCCAACGUGGCUCAGACACUCAUGUGUACAACUGUUGACCACUAUGCCUCCACUUACGGUGACAAGGGGUGGGGAUGUGGCUACAGAAACAUGCAGAUGAUGUUGUCGUCACUGUUACAACACACUGGCUACAACGAGCAGCUGUACAAGCAGUGGGCGGUGGGAGUACGUGGGGAGACUCCCAGCCGCAGUGCAAUGCCGUCUAUCUCUCGCCUGCAACACCACAUAGAGUGGGCGUGGCACCAGGGCUUUGACCUUCAGGGUUGUGACCAACUGGGUGGCAAGCUUUCCAACACUCGCAAGUGGAUUGGAGCCACCGAGGUUGUCACUGUUCUCUCGUCACUUCGGAUCAGGUGUCAACUCGUUGAUUUCCAUCGACCAACAAGUGCAAACGGAAGUCAUCCUGAACUCUUUAAUUGGGUUCGGCAGUAUUUCGAGGCUCAUGAUGAUUUCAAACCUCCAUUAUACUUGCAACAUCAAGGUCACAGCAGAACAAUCAUCGGAGUGGAGGUGUUAAGAGACGAGAGUGUGAUCCUGCUGGUCCUGGACCCGAGUCACACUCCCGGGCAGAUGGCCGAAUUGCGGGGGACAAACACUGCCAUUUCCACCAUGAGACUCAUCCGCAAGUCCCUCAUGGCGAUGAAAGCUAGACACUACCAAGUUGUAGCCGUGUGCGGUAUCAUGGACACGGAUGCUGAAUAUCAGCAAAGUAAAGUACUUAGGUCAAUGAGAGUACCACAAGAACGAUGAUGACACCAACAAUACAUUGUCACUACCUCAGACUUGCAGGUCUUCUAGGUAUCGGAGGAAGAUGUGAUCAGAAAGAGAUUAUCAGUGCUUGACCUCGCUCAGGGAUUGGUCCCUCGUUUUAGAAAUGCUUACUAUGCAAGCAGCUUACUAGUCACAACAUCAUGUCUUAAGUAUGUUUGCAUCAGAUUUAACAUUUUUGCACCUUUGUUCAUUACAUUGUGAGUUAUAUCGCA